AUGACACAGAGCGCAGACACGGCCGGAUAUAAUCAGCGAGCCAUCAAGAAUCUGACAGUAGACUUUAAUGACUACAUGGUGCACUCCUCCUGGGACCACGUCGGUCGACCAAUGUCAGAGGAUUAUGCCCCAAAGAACGAUGGGCGACGUCCACCUGUUGGCCAUGCGUCUAUGAAAAACUGGAGGAUUGCCCAAGAAGAUCCAUGGGAUAACGAGAUAUACGACAAUCUACACAAGAGACUGAGUCUUUUCGGCCAGUGGUACAACGAGGAGGUUCUCGGACGCGAUGAAGAGACUUGUUCUGGCUCCAUGUAA